AUGGUGGCAAGAUAUGGGUUUAUAUAUCGUCCAAUAUUGGUACGAGAUGACGUAAUAAAUAAGUUAUAUUCGCCGAUGAAAAGGCUCGAAGCGCAAAAAAAUGAUCCUUUGUCUAACUCUAUCAAUUUUUUUUUCAGAAUCCCUGUGGAAGCAGCCCCUGCGCCGGACAUUCCAAAUGCCAAUCAGGUUUUGGAGACCAGGAAUAUCACUGUAGUUGUCUACUUGGCUUCUAUGGAGAAGAAUGUGAAUUAGAUAUGAAAGCAGCUAAGAAACCGAUUUUCCAUGCGACGGGGCAGAUGGUCUGAAGGAACGACAAGCAAGUGAAUGCAAUCAUAGAAAAGCAAAACAAUUGCCUAAAAAAUUUAACUGCGUUAAGUAAGGAAAAAACACUCUAUUGGGCAAAAUGCUAAAACUUAGUAGUGCAAACUGAAAUUUGGCGAAGAAAAAAAAAAAGAAAUGAUGCACACCGUGCUUCCUAGAAAAAGGGAAAAUGGAAACUUAAAAGUACACUCCAAUGCAGUACACGCAAGGAUCGGAGCUACUACUACUACUACUACUACUACUACUACUACUACUACUACUACUACUACUACUACUACUACUACUACUACUAUUACUACUACUACUACUACUACUACUACUACUACUACUACUACUACUACUACUACUACUACUACUACUACUACUACUACUACUACUACUACUACUACUACUACUACUACUACUACUACUACUACUACUACUACUACUACUACUACUACUGCUACUGCUGCUGCUGCUGCUACUGUUACUGCUGCUGCUGCUGCUGCUACUGUUACUGCUACUGCUACUGCUACUGCUGCUGCUGCUGCUGCUGCUGCUGCUGCUGCUGCUGCUGCUGCUACUGCUACUACGACUACUACUAUUACUACAACUACUACGGCGAACAGAUUAAUAUAGAUAUUUAUAGAUUAGCAGUUUUUUUGGGAAAAUGACUCUUACUCAAAAUAUAUAGAAACACCUUAUGUACGGGACCAGUCCAAACUCUGAUCAGAGAAUACAAAGACCGAAACACAGAAGAUGUGAACUUCUCGUUAGAGAACAAAAAAUCUGCCUCAAGAUUAAAACGAAAAGACCUAGCAAGUGAUUAUAAGAAAACAUCUGGCAAAAAAUGGUUCCACCGUGACUGUCCGCGAUUGACAAGGAAUGAAUUUCAAUUUCAAUUUGCAAAUUGCAAGUGUACUCACGGGACUAAAUCAGCUGAAUCAAAUGCACUUGAGAACUCGUUUGGUUUGUUCUGAGAUAAUUUAUAUGUAAUGAAAAUCGGGGAACAUUAAAAAGGCAACAGAAAAAUAGAAAUUUCAGCAUUUUAAAUUCGACCGCGCCUAGCCAAAAUAUUAAAACUAGAACAUCGUGUCGCCGUCUUUUCGAAAACGUUUUACCUUCUGCGCCAAAAGAAAAAACCUUCGAGAUCUCCUACAAUCUCGCAAGAAGUUAAAUGUGAUUGUGCUGACGAUUUUAUUUUUAGUUGAAAAAAUUAAAAGGUAAAAGCAAUUUUUUUAGUUAGCUAGUCCACAGUUUUCCCACUUACGAAAAAUUUGCAUCCUCAAAAAAACAAGAAACGGAAGUAGUUUUGGUUGGCUGAUUCAGCAUAUUUUAAUCAAACAAAAAAGUGGGCGGCAAACGUUUCGUAGAAGGUUUGUAUCAGGCUCUCUUUCCGUUUCGCCUUGCACGCCGGAAUGUUAUUUACAAAGCGAAACGAAAAUUGAGCCUUAUCUCAGGUUAAGAGAAAAUAGAAAAACAGAAAAUGAUCAGGAAAAACGAUCAUUUUUUUUAUCAUUAUUUUUCUAAUUUUGAAGCCCGCUUCAAAAAUUUUAAAAAAUACUUUAUACGGUCCCCUUGCCAGUUAACUGGGGUCAAUAGGUUUGAUUUGAAAGUCCAGCUGUUUCCUUGAUAAACUGGAAGCUAUGGUUGCACUUAUUAACCCUAUUCAGAUUGGGGGGGGGGGUUUUCAAACCCCCCCUGGCAAAAUCGUGAUAACUCCUACACCGAAAGAGCUAUGACGUUCAAAUUUUCUGACUUUUCCUAAAAUUUAUCUAGAAAUAUUUUGGUAUAAUUACCAAAUUAAUUAUUUUCCAAAUAACACUUCCAAAGUCAUUUGUUUGGGUAAUAAACAUUAGUUUGAUACUUCUUUUAUACAUUCUGAGCUUUUUCCCCUUUGAAAGUUGCUUUAAAUUAUAAUUUCAACAAAAAAACGGAAAUCCAAGAUGGCGGAUCCAAGAUGGCGGACAACCAUUUCAAAUUUUAAAUUUUAUUGCUUCCUAUUGCUUUUUCUCGCUGUACAAGUGUUUUCUUGUUACUAGUUCAUAAGAAAGGAUAACAAAGAGAUGACUUUACCAAUAUUAUUGAUAUUUUACGUAUCUAAGUGGAAAAAUAAUAAGAAACAUUGAAAAAUCGGAAUAUGACGUCACUGUGACGUCAUCAUUGGGCGUGGCAAGUCAAAACUGGGGGUGAGGCUUCUUUGUACGGAGAUGAUCAUUGUGUGUAAAUUUCAUGACCCUAGCAUUAUUGGUUCCAGAGAUACAGGGCGGGGGUCCGAGGAGCCCCCCCAGUCACAGAUUGACCAAAAAGCCCAGUCUGAAUAGGGUUAAAGGUCCUUAUUGACUUGAACGUUAAAUAUGAUGUGCGUUUUUUUGACUUGAACGUUAAAUAUGAUGUGUGUUUUUUUUUUCCUUUGGCCUACAACUGAUGACAUUCUGAUUUCAUUAGCCAGCAUUUGAUGACUGUUCGGACGUUUUGAAUGUGACUGGGGUUUACUACAUUACCAACCGUGGUUCGGAUUCAUUUCCAGUACUAUGUGACCAGUCAGCUGAUGGAGGAGGUGAAAAGCUGUUUCCGGUGUGCUUGUGUGUCUGUGUAAAAUUUCAGUGUACAUACGGGCAAACAUGUGCAGAUAAAUUACAUAAAAAACUCUAAUCAUCAUUUCCAGCAUAUGAAUAAAUGACGCAAUACAUGACUCAAAAUAUUGACGCAGUGAUGUAAAUUCCCUUGUUUACAACGUCAUACCGUUGAAUUCAUUGACAGAAUUUAAGUAGCCAUAUAGCAAAAAGUACCUAAUUUCGCAUUGCGUCUGAUAAAAUGUUAAAUGUAGCUAGCCCAUUAAUUUUUCUUCAAAAAUAGCAGCAGUGAUGUCAUCUAUAAUUAAUUCAUUAAACGUAUACAGACCUACAUAGACCUGAAUGCUACCGCCUCCAAAAUGUACUUAAAAUUCGUAUAGAUUGAUGUAAUCGUAAAAGAAAAUUUUUUUGAGUGAAUUUGAUGCUAAAAAAGGCAAACACAUCUGCAAAGUAUGAGAUCCGAGGAAAAUAAAUACUGAUAAAAAUUAAACCCAGCGUCUGCUAUUUGUUUUUUUUUUUUUCUUCAAGCUAGUCACUACAAAAUCUGCAUUUCAUUUAAAGUUUAAAUAAUUGAGAGAAAAUGAUGCUAAAUCAAACGUAAUAAAAAUAGAAAUAAACUUUUUUUUUUUAAUGAAAAUUUUGCAAAACAUGUGGCUUUCAAAACUAGGUUGCCAUGAUAAAGUCAAUGUUGACGUACACCUUGCAACGACUUUAAAAUGUUUCCAGAUAAUUUUCAGUAAAACAUUUCAGUAAUUUUCAGCAAAAAGUAAUUUCAAAGUUCUGUAGUCAUAGCCUGUUCUAUUUUGAAGGUAUUGGACUUUUUAGCUACGAAAGCCUCAAAGCCUCCGUCGAUUUGAAUGGGGUCAAACGAAUUCCAUUUUACUUUAAACUCGUUUAAAUUAACGAAAUUUGUGACACAAAAUUUAAUUUGUGUAUAAAAGGAUGCUUAGAAAGUAAACGCAAUCUGCAAGUUUUGUAUCUCCGAGAUAAAUGAACCUCGCCAAGGAAAUGAACCCAUAAUUCGCUUUUUGUUUAAUUAGUCACUAUAAAGGCUGGUAACAGAUAAUACCAACUGUUAUGAUAACUUUGAUGCAAAUAAUGCUGAAUUAAGUGUGAUAUGAGGCUAAAAACAAAAAUACAUUGAACUUUUUUGUAUAGAAAAAAGCAAUUCAAGUCUUCGCUGCCAUUUUAAUAUCCAUGUCGAAGUACACGUCACUAAGUCUUAAAAAUAUUCUCAGAUUAAUUUUAGGAAACGUCACUAUGUUUGGCAGUCAUAUGACUGUGUAGCUUGAACAUUACGUUUUGGAUCUUUAAAGGGGGGUGACCUUAAAAGCUAGGAAGAUAAAAACAAGAUAACAAAUCUGGACUUGCACACGCCAGUGCGUUUAGUAACACCAUUACUUUCAUUUGCUUUUAAGGCUGGACAAUGGUAUUCAAAUUUGUCGAUGGUGUUUCUCCUUCUACUGAGGUAUCCUCUUUAUGGUCAGCAAAUUCAAGUUCUCACUCUGAAGACGCAUUGGAUGUAACUGCAACACAUCGUCAACAUUACAUAAACAGUAUUGUGAAAAAGUGGGAAACUUUUGAUCCAAAAGAGGUACGUUCUGAGGGAAUCAAAGACUGUCAGAUCAUUUUUAAUAAUUCGUGAUUAUUAAUGUGACGAAACGUUUUUUUAGAAUUCAGAUGUCAUUUGAUAGCCUUGCAGACUCUUGAGCUGUCAAAUCCCCCGGGGUGGGGACGAAAAAAGAAGGCAAAUCCCCCGUCCUCCGUCAACGCUGCAACAUUUUUCAUUGAUUGCACUCGCCGUUUUAAACAUUUUAAUGUGCCAUUUUUUGUUUCAAGUAACGUCUUCCUUUGUAAUAACGCUAGGAUUCUAAUAAAGACUUCACGCCGCGACGACAUGCACCAGUUUAUGGUUUUGGUAUUAAUAUAAAAUUAUUGACAUUAAAAUUAAUAGAGCGCUGUUAAGUUAUAUGUUAUGAAUAGGUUAUAAAUAUGAAAGGAUGUGCGUCAAAAAAUAUCGACAGAAAUUUGAUUCGCUAAGCAAAAAACGCAGCUGGAAUUGACUGAUGCAUAAAUUACUCAUAAUGAUGAUGAUGAUGACGACGAUGAUGAUGAUGUUGAUGAUGAUGAUGAUGAUGAUGAUGACCACGACGAUGAUGCAGUGAUGACGACGACGAUGAUGAUGACAUGAGGAUAGCAAGAUGAGAUCGUACGUCCGCUCAGCUACAGUUUUUAGCGACAUUUAGUAGAUUGAGGUUUGGAUUAUUAGAGGUGCACUUUUUCGGGAGACAAAUCCUGAUUUCCGAAUACGAAAUCCGGCGGCUUUCGCAGGUUUGGCAAAUCCAAAAGUCAAACUCUGGGUGGAUCUUUAGAUCAAAUCCAUAUCCGGAAUUUUGAGAUUCACCAUCUGAGGAGAUAUUAUCUUUUUAAAUGAAUAUUAAUUGCUUGUGUUUUUUGCUUUCAGGCUCGAGUAGUGCUAUACGCUAGCGGAAUUGAGGUCGCCUUUCUUAAAUUCAACGCUUCUGCAACAAACAACGUGAAUUGGUUUUCACAAAAUAGGCUUCUUCAAUCACAAUGGAAUGAUCUUAAAACUGCGACAAACAUAUACGAAUUUUCCAUUCCUGGAAAGCUUCGAUACUUCGAGAUCAGUGGCCCCUAUGCCGGGUGCGAAAACGACAGUGGUUGGUUUUUGAUUACGACACAUCCUUACUGCAACUGGGAGGAUAGAAUUCCUAUUCCAAGCAUUAUAUAA